AUGCCUACGGAACAGAAAGCUCUCGCCGAUUCGCUAAAAUCAACAGUGAGAAAAAGGGCAAAUUUGAGAAGUUUGUUUACGAGGGAAGAUAAACGCGUCUGUUCUAUCAUUGAGAGCCAAGAUAUGGAUGGUGUUCAACUAUUAAAAGUAAUUCAGAACAAACUGGUGAAAUCCAAGGAACAAUUACAUCGUUUGGAUGAGGAAAUUCAAGAUUUACACAUGCAAAUGGAUCGCAGUGACUUGGCUGAUCAGGAUUUUGAAGAAUGUGACAUCUUGUACGACAAUCAUGGAUUAAUCAUGAAUAAGAUUGCUGAUUUCCUGUCCAAAGUUAGUUCAAAAACAUCAACUCCAACGAUUUUUGGAACAGAUGUAUUCCAUUUCAAGAGAAAAACUUUGUAA